UUGUUUUAGGUCACGUUUCCGAGAGAUCCUCGAACUUAUCAAAGAAACGCGACCCAGGGUUUAGGGUGACAGCGAGUUCAGACGCUCCAAAUAAAAGUUUUGUACUUUGUACCUUCCUUGCCUUUGUUGAAAUAGAUAUCAGUCUGUGACAAUUAACAUUAUGCUUCGUCACUUGUUGAGGAAACCAGUGAUAGAUCAUGCAGCCUUAACAAUGAACAGUAUGCCAGCUCUGGCAAUGGUAGGUCCCAGGAAGGGACGAAUGUUUUCUGUUCAGGCGUCAUUGCCAAGACUGCCUGUUCCUCCAUUAAAUCAGACACUUGACAGAUACCUGAAAACCAUCCAACCUCUCGUCACUCCAGAAGAAUUAGAAUAUACAAAAAAGGUAACAGAAGAAUUUCGAAAUCAUCCUGGACCUGUUCUGCAACAAUUUUUAGAAGCAAGAGCUGCAAAAACAAACAACUGGUUGUCAGAAUGGUGGAAACAUGUUGCAUAUCUGGAUUUUAGAGCUUCUGUUGUCCUGAAUUCAAACCCUGCAGUCAUUUUUCCUAAACAGAAUUACAGUGGUAUACAGGAACAGUUACGGUUUGCAGCCAAGUUGGUAUCGGGAGCACUCAAUUAUAAAAAAGGAAUAGACAAUCAAUCAAUACCAAUUGAAACAUUAGGGGGUAAACCAUUAUGUAUGUCCCAGUAUUAUAAAAUCAUGUCUGCCUGUCGAAUACCAGGAGCAAAGAUAGACACUCAUUACUGUUAUACACCUGGCUCUUCUAAACCACCUCGACAUAUAAAUGUCAUUCACAAUAAUCAGAUCUUUUCAUUAGAUGUAUAUGGUGAAGAUGGAGGUAUAUUAACUGUGGACCAGUUAUUCGAUCAAUUGAUGAAUAUAGUAAACGAAUCCCAAACUGUAGCACCACCUGUAGGUAUGCUUUGUGUUUUGGACAGAAAGUCAUGGCACCAAGCUUAUAAAAAAAUUGUCAAAGAUAAGAAUAAUGAGAGUAUUAUGAGAACAAUAUAA